GAGGAGGAGCAACCGCGGAGUGCAGCACAGAGAGAGAGAGAGAGAGAGAGAGAGAGAGAGAGAGCUGGCAUCGGAGAGGGACAGAUCAUGGAGCUGUGAUGUGCCGGUCCCAAGAAGCAUCUUGCCUGCCUGUGCAGAGCCAAGGGGUGAAGCUGGGGGCCUUGGGAGCUGUUUGCUGGCAGAAGGGAGCUGUUGGGUGCCCCCAGGAAGAGCCAAAAUGACCGAUCACGAAGAUUUUGCCAGCUUGGCUGGACACUGGAAUGCCUCAGACACCUACCAGUUCAGCCCGGCCAGCAUCCUCGUCCCGGUCAUCUUCUCGCUCAUCUUCCUCCUGGGCACAGUCGGCAACAGCCUGGUCCUGGCUGUGCUCCUGCGGAACGGGCAGAUGGGUCACAACAGCACCAACCUCUUCAUUCUCAACCUCAGCCUGGCCGACUUCUUCUUCAUCAUCUUCUGCGUGCCCUUUCAGGCUACGAUCUACUCCUUGGAGGGCUGGGUCUUCGGUUCGUUCAUGUGCAAGACCGUCCACUUCUUCAUUUACCUUACCAUGUAUGCCAGCAGCUUCACUUUGGCCGCUGUCUCCGUGGACAGGUAUUUGGCUAUCCGCUACCCGCUGCGCUCCCGGGAGUUACGGACACCGUGCAAUGCGGUCGUGGCCAUGGCGGUUAUCUGGGCUCUCUCCGUGAUCUUUUCGGGGCCCUACCUGAGCUACUAUGACCUGAUUGAAUGGGAGGCCAGCUACAUCUGCGUUCCAGGCUGGGAAGAAUGGAGGCGCAAGAUCAUGGACACCAGUACCUUCAUCUUUGGCUAUGCGAUCCCGGUGCUGAUAGUCAGCCUCUCCUACACCAGGACAAUUAAAUACCUGUGGACAGCUGUGGACCCCCUGGAGGACAUGUCGGAGUCCAAGAAGGCCAAACGCAAGGUCACCAAGAUGAUCAUCAUCGUGACCAUCCUCUUCUGCCUGUGUUGGCUCCCCUACCAUGUGGUGGUCCUUCGCUACCUCUACGGAGGAGACUUCCCUUUCAACCAGACCACCUAUGCUUUCCGACUGCUUUCCCACUGUAUGGCCUAUGCCAACUCAUGCCUCAACCCCAUUGUCUAUGCUUUGGUCUCCAAGCACUUCCGCAAGGGGUUCAAGAAGGUCUUUAGCUGCCUGCUGAGAAAGAAGGCCCGGAACAAGGUCCAUGUCAUCCACGCUGCCCAUACAGUGCCUGGCUUUGAAGCAGGUUCUACAGAAGUAUCCCAGAUGAACGAGGACAACCACGGGCAGCUGAAUGAAUGUGGGCGGGAUCUGAGGUCCUUCAUGGUCCCAUCAGGUUCCACUCGGCCUCUCCACAUUUCUUAAGUAGAGUUCAAGAUGAACAUAGGCGGAUGGUGUGAGGGACUUCUAUCAAGACCAUUCAGGGGGUGAUUUCUUUCUUCUGUACUCUCCACACACAAUGUGCUGUGCACUGAAGGGGAGUGUACCUUCUCCACUUUUCUCUUCAAGUGGGAGAUUUUCUUUAGUCUAAAAUCUCCCUAUGUUCUGCUCUGUUAUUUUUCAGGGGGGGGGUUGGUCAUGGGGUUUUGGACAAAGGGUAAAAUAGCAUAUCUGUCCAAGCAUUGUCAACCAAGUGUUUCUGUCCGCAAUCCUCAGCAAUUUUUCUUGAAUUCCCUGUUUGAAAACGUUUAUCUGUGCAUGCUUUUAAGAGUCCUUGAGUUACAAGUGGUAUCACACUGCUCACCAAGCCUAUAUUGCUCUACUGGUUUGAUAAUAAGGAAGUGUUAGGAAAUGUCGGUGAAGAUCUGGUAUGAGACAAAUCCUGUGAGGUAGAUAGACAGGACAGCUUUGCCUUCACACAUCAACCCUUUCAUCAUUCCUUACCUAUAAAUGGACUGCCAUCCAAUUAAAGAAAUUGUCGUCAAUUAAACAAAUCAGUUUUAAUCAAUGAAUCCUGCCUAGGACUAAUGGUUUUGAAGACAAAAGUAUUUUGGAUCACACCCAAGACUAAGUUCAUAAUGACUAAAUCCCGUUGAAA